AUGGCUGAGACUGCCCCAGCCAAGGGAGGGCUGUGGAACGAGGCCACUCCCCAGGAUGGCUUGGGGCCUCACCCAUGCUGCUGCUCUCCCCUGUCUGUCUCCUCCUCCUGUCUUCUCCCAUCUCCUCCGCGGCUUCCGGGUGAGCCCCUCGCCUGUCAUGUCUCCCAGCAGGACCUCCAGGACAGCUUGUUCUCCUCUGAAAGUGACAAUAGCCUGUACUUCACCUACAGUGGCCCAUCCAACAUCCUAGACGUUCAAGACCUCAGCUACCAGGUGAACAUGGCCUCCCAGCUGCCUUGGUUUGAGAAUCUGGCUCGGUUAAAGAUGCCUUGGAAGUUACACGACAGCCAGGACUCCUGUGAGCUGGGCAUCCAGAACCUGAGCUUCAAAGUGAGAAGUGGGCAGAUGCUGGCCAUCAUAGGGAGCUCAGGCUGCGGGAUGGCCUCCUUGGUGGACAUGAUCACCGGCCGAGGCUGUGGUGGCAGGAUCCAGUCGGGCCAGAUCUGGAUCAACGGGAAGCCUAGCGCACCGCAGGUGGUAAGGAAGUGUGUGGCCCAUGUGCGCCAGCACGGCCAGCUGCUGCCCAACCUGACCGUCCGCGAGACCCUGGGCUUGGUCGCCCAGCUUCACCUGCCCAGAACUUUCUCCCAGGCCCAGCGUGACAAAAGGGUGGAAGAUGUAAUCGCGGAGCUGCGGCUGCGGCAGUGCGCUGACACAUGCGUGGGCAACGCCUACGUGCGAGGGGUGUCGGGGGGCGAACGGAAGAGAAUCAGCAUCGGGGUGCAGCUUCUGUGGAACCCAGGCAUCCUCAUUCUGGACGAGCCGACCUCAGGACUCGACAGCUUCAUGGCCCACAACCUGGUGAGGACCUUGUCCAGGCUGGCCAAAGGCAACAGGCUGGUGCUUAUCUCCCUUCACCAGCCCGGGUCGGACAUCUUCCGGCUGUUUGAUCUGAUCCUCCUGAUGACAUCUGGCACCCCUAUCUACUUGGGGGCAGCUCAGCACAUGGUCCAGUAUUUCACAGAGAUCGGCCACCCUUGUCCUCGCUACAGCAACCCUGCUGACUUCUAUGUGGACUUGACCAGCAUUGACAGGCGCAGCAGAGAGCAGGAGGUGGCCACCAGGGAGAAGGCUCGGUCACUGGCAGCCUUGUUUCUAGAAAAAGUGUGUGAAUUUGAUGACUUUCUGUGUCGUCAGAUUUCUAACGACUUCCGAGACCUGCCAACCCUUCUCAUCCACGGGAUGGAGGCCUGUCUGAUGUCCCUGAUCAUUGGGUUUCUGUUUUACGGCCACGGGGGCAUCCAGCUCUCCUUCACGGACACUGCGGCCCUCUUGUUCAUGAUCGGUGCUCUCAUCCCUUUCAGUAUGAUCCUGGAUGUCAUCACCAAGUGUCACUCGGAGAGGGCAAUGCUUUACUACGAGCUAGAGGAAGGGCUGUACACCGCAGGUCCUUAUUUCUUUGCCAAGAUCCUGGGGGAGCUUCCGGAACACUGCGUCUACAUCUUCAUCUAUGGGAUGCCCACCUACUGGCUGGCCAACCUGCAGCCGAGCCCGGAGCCCUUCCUGCUGCACUUCCUGCUGUUGUGGCUGGUGGGCUUCUGCUGCAGGGCCAUGGCCCUCUGCGCUGCAGCCCUGCUCCCCGCCUUCCAUAUGUCCUCCUUCUUUGGCAACGGCUACAACUCCUGCUACCUCACUGGGAGCUUUAUGAUAAACUUGGAAAAUCUGUGGACAGGUGAGGCCUGCUUGCCCUUGUUGACUAAGCUUUUGUCCUUCCUCUGGUGAUGCUUUGAAGGGCUGAUGCAGAUUCACUUUAACGGACGAGCUUAUUACAUGCAGGUCGGCAACCUCACCAUCUCCAUCCCAGGAGACAGAAUUGUCGAUGACAUGGACCUGAACUCGCAACCCCUCUACGCCAUCUACCUCAUCCUCAUCAGCAUCAGCAUCAGCUUCAUCAUCCUGUACUAUGUGUCCUUAAGGUUCAACAAACAGAAAUCGAGACAAGAUUGGUGUUACAUGCCCAGAAUCCUGCCCUCUGAUGGGGGACUUGAGCAAACCCUCCAACUGCACUCCCUUCUUCCCAAGGAGCCCCUUCCUGGGACAGUGAGGACAAUGAUGAUACAGAUGCUCAGCUACAUCCGGCCACAGGGCUGCAGUGGCACAGGUUGGCCACAGGAUGGCAGUAGAAUAAAGACAGUCGAAAGGGAUUUCUGCUCACUGGCCGGAGCUUGCGAUUACUGGGAACAUGAAAACCUGUGGCACCUACAGCGUUGCUAA